AUGGCUCCCGGCACCCCGCGCCGCCGUCCCGCGCCGCUCCGCGCCCGCUCAGGCGGCGGGAGAGGGGAGGAGGGAUGGAGGGAGGGACGGGGAGGCGAAGCGAGGCAGGCGGCGGCGCUGAGCUCAGUUCAUGCUCGGAGAGAGGCUUCCCUCCUGCCCGCGGCGGAGGCGCUCCCUCACCCACCACCCACCCUCCAUCCUCCUCCUCCCCAGCCCUCCCGGUGGCAGCCCAGCAGAGGAUACCCCUCGCCUCGGGGGUCCCCCCGGGGAAGGGUGGCUCCGCCGCUUUGUCUGUUCCAGCGCGGUGGGGGCGCCUUCACAACCCCCUACCCACCCACAGCCCACCGACCCCUUUGUCUCGGCAGGACGCCCCUCGGCGCCCACCCUCCCGGGGCUCCCCCGCAGGCACGGAGCCGGGCAGAGGCAGCGGGGCACGGCGCGGAGCUCAGCGCAGAGCCCGCAGCCCCCACCCGGGGGCGCGGAGCAGAGCCAGCGCGGCCACAGCCCCGCGGCGGCGCAGGGCGCGCUGCUGCCGCCUGCCGGGCCCGGUGGGAGGUGCAGGGGGAAGCCAGCGGCCCGGCCUCCGUUGCUGCUGCCGCCGGCACCGGGGAGAGCUCCCGGAGAGCUCCGGAGAGGAGGAGGUCGCCCUCCCACCCAAAGCUGGGCGCGGAGGAGGGGGAAGGCCUGGAGGGACUGAUCUGGGGGGCUGGGAGGGAUCCCGACCAGAAACCAGGAGUUGCAGGGCAACAGUCACAAGGGGACCCUGGUGCAUCAGUCAGAUAUCUCCUGUACAACCCAUCUCAAGGAGCUGCAAGCAGUUUCCCCACCACAAGAGCAGUGUGCUGCCAAAGAGAGGAAGAAGGAAAGAGGUCUUCCUUGUGA